GAGAGAGAGAGAGAGAGCUGGAGACAGAGAAAGCGAUAGAGAGAGAAAGAGAGAGAGAGAGAAAGAGAGAGAGAGAGCGAGGAGCCGGGCGAGCUGCAGGUGGAGAGAUGGAUCAUCAGAUGCGCCAUGCAAAGUGAGCAAGGUGUGAAGGACACGUUUGGGCGGAUUUCUCUGGACUCCAGCCUCUGAGCUUCUCAACACACACACAUUUAUAUAUUUACACACACACAUAUACACACACACACACCAGCAGACCGGCAAGGACCGAGUGACUGCGCAGCACCUCACUGUGCUCUCCGGCUUUUCUUCUUCUUCUUCCUCUAAUAAAAGGAUUUUGCGCCUUUUUUGUGGAGCUACAAUAACAGCAAGCUUGGACGAGUAGUUGUGUUCUAUCCACUUUUGACGUUUUCCCUCGCAGAGAUGGGAGUUUUCCCAGCCCAGGCAGCAGCAGCAGUACACGGCAUGCUGCUGGGGGGCUAGGCUGAGAUAUCAUCUGUUGCUGCAGCCCACUACACCAAGAGCGCGCGCGUGAAGAGUCUGAAUCAACCCCACUCAAGCUCUCUUCUCUCUGUUUGGAUCCACAAUGCUUGGGGCAUGUCUUCUUCUUCAUCAUUAUCUUUAUCUUGACUGUUUGAUCUGACCACAGAUGGAGUGGCCGGUAUCUUGAUGGGAUCAUGGGAUGCAGUGGUCAUUUUUCUUUUUUGCCAUGCUGUGGAUUGUGAAGAUCCCAAGCUUCAUCAUGAUCUGCUGUGAUAUUUGCUGUGAUAUUAUUGAUUAAAAAAGAAGAGAUAAACACAUACACACACACACACACUCACUCUGACAACACAACACAACACAUAGCUUGGACAGGUAAGCCCCUGUUUAUUUAUUGUUUUCUCUUUUGAGAAGAAAGAAAGAAUAAAAUAAAAAGAGAGAGAAAGCCAGAAAGAGAGGAAGAGAGGGGGCACCUCCAAAAUCAUCCCUCCCACCCCUCUCUAACACCGGCAUUAUCCCACCCCUCUUGACUUCUUGCCCAGCACACCCCUCUUCCUGAAGCCCACCCAAAUGAUGAUGAUGAUGGAAGAGGACGAGCUUGAGGCUCAUCAGGUUGAUGCUGACCCAGACCUGGAGCCCCAAAGCCGGCCCCGAUCCUGCACCUGGCCCCUGCCCCGUCCAGACCCCUUUCCCGAGAAUGGAGAGCUUCUGGUCAAAGCAGAGCCCGAUAGUGUAUCGUCCUGCCGAGAAGCGCUGCCCUGCUCUGCGCCCGGGCUGGACGUGGCCGGACAGUUGCGCAAAGCCAAGUCGUCCCGGCGCAACGCAUGGGGCAACCUGUCAUACGCAGACCUGAUCACGCGUGCCAUUGAGAGCACACCUGAGAAGAGGCUCACCCUAUCUCAGAUCUAUGACUGGAUGGUCCGCUACGUCCCUUAUUUCAAGGAUAAAGGAGACAGCAACAGCUCAGCUGGAUGGAAGAACUCCAUUCGGCAUAAUCUGUCCCUUCAUACCCGCUUCAUCCGUGUGCAGAAUGAAGGCACAGGAAAGAGCUCCUGGUGGAUGCUGAAUCCUGACGGAGGAAAAGCAGGCAAAGCACCCCGGCGAAGGGCUGUCUCUAUGGACAACAGCACUAAGUAUCUAAAGAGCAAAGGUCGAGUGAAUCGCAAGAAGAUAGGCGGAAGAGCAGGAUUGGCCUCUGUGACCCGAGUGAGUUUUCAUGGUUCCCCAGAGCAGACAAGCCCAACGGGGAAGCCUGGGACAGGAGCAACAGGUGUGGGGGAGGAUUUUGAGACGUGGACUGACCUCCAUUCUCGAGCCAGCUCUGCAGCUUCCACACUAAGUGGUCGUUUGUCCCCUAUUAUGGCAGAAGGGGAGCUGGAGAACCCAGAGGAAGGAAGACUGUCCUGCUCUACGUCACCACACCUCUACCCUAGUCCCUCCAGCACUCGUUCCCCUGCAGCACACUGCACUCCGGUGGAACUGCCACAGCUAGCAGAUCUCACUGGAGCAAUCAGCCUGGAAGAAGGGUACCACCACCAUCAGCCCACACGCCACAAGCGCCCAACCUACCACUACAACAGUGGAUCUAAGGCCCAGGGAUCCUACUGUGGCCCUGUGUACAGCCAGCCAGGUGUGGGCAUGCUGCGCCAUCACUCACCCUUGCAGACCAUCCAGGAAAACAAGGCUGCCAGCUUUUCCGGCAACUUGCAGACCUAUUCAGGCACAAAUGCCUUGCAGAGUCUACUUACGGGAGGCCAACAGUACUGUGCCAAGGACUUGAUGAUUGGCCAAGAGCACGAGGCCAUGAUGGUUCCUCCUAGCAACGGAACCCGUGGCCACCAUCAUGGCCACAACAACCACAAUGGCACACACAAUCACAACCCUGCUCACAGCCACAACGGCACCCACAGUCACAACCAACCACACAGCCACAUCUCUGCUUCGAAUGCAGCUGCCAAUCCUGCUCACAACCACAGCAUGAGUCACAGCCUGGGCCAGAACCAUCGACCUCAUGGUCCUGCCACCCACGGUCAACCCAAUGCUGGCCACAUGCAGCCCUACAACCCUAAAGCGCCGUACCUGUACAGUCCCCCGGCUCAUGCACACCUUCCUGCUUCCACCACACUUCCCCCAAACCCUGCCGGCAUGCAGGGUGUCCCUCAGGACUCCUGCCACUUGGCCACUGCCCCACACCCGCACCCUCGCCACAACACCUAUCCAGGCCCACACCAGCAAGCCAUGGCCGACGGACCAUACCAUCAAGCUCAGGGCAUGGGGGGAGGAGGAGGUAGCGGAUACCAAAUCUACCACCAUCCUCAUCACCCCUAUCCUCAUGAGCGGUUGCCGGCAGACCUGGACGUGGACGUCUUCCACGGCAGCCUGGACUGUGACGUAGAGUCCAUCCUCCUCCAUGACAUCAUGGACUCAGGGGAGGAGAUGGACUUUAAUUUUGACUGCUCCCUGGCGCAGGGCAUGGGCAUUGGAAUGGGCAUGGGUAUGGGUGUGAGCAUGGGACUCACUGGCCCACAGCAGAGCCACAGCAACCAGAACUGGGUGCCUGGCUGAGACCCAUCCUUACAAAAUGCCAUGAACAAUCUCAAUGACCAAACUUCCUACAGGCCUCCCUGAUACAUAGAGGGGAGAUGCACUGUGCUUGAUUCACACAUUCCUCAACUAAAGGACAAAAAAAAUCCAGAAGAUAAUCUUUACUUUCAGUUUCAGUUCCUGUCUUACUCUGCCUGCUCAUCUCCCUUUGUGCUGUUCUGAAAUGUGCGUUCUCCUCUCAUCCAGUACACAUCUGUUAGACUCCGCUUAACGUCAACCCACUAUGCUCUCGCUGACAGAACCGUGAUGACAAUCUCGACUGUGUUGCCCAACAAUGCCUUCUUCUCCAGUCAAAACUAAACUCUUGAGCACUUUAACUGCGUAAAACAAAUCCGUAUCUCACUUUCACAAUGGGGAGCUGGCUCCCGGGUGGCAGGAGCUGUAGCUGGCAUGUUGUUGUUGCUGCACAAGUGGGAAAAUCUCACACCCAUGGGGGUCCUGUACUUAGAAAAAAAAGAUGAAACAGAUUUAUCUGCUCAGAGAAAAGUUUUAGAGGCACUUCGGUUUGCUUAUUGGGGUGACUGAAUAACCUCUAUAACUUUAUUUCUAUUACGCAAACAUGCAUUGCUGGAGAGUUGAGCAUUUGCCCUGUUGGGUUGACCUUUGUGUAACUGGAAUUUUGUUUUAAUUGUGAGAUUUAUUUUAUUUAGUUAAUUGUUUACCAUUAGUUAUUAGAGAAUCAAUAUCAUUUGGCAGCUCAGCAAACUAGUUUACAGUAAUUUCACUAUUCUAUUUAGCGCGACCUUUUGAAUUGGGGUGCUUUAACAGCUUUUUCUCUGGUCCACAUUUAAGGAGAUGUUUUCAAAAAAUAAAAUCCCCAAGUGCACCAAAAUGUAUCACAACAGACCACAUAAAUCCCCCACUGUCUGGAUCAGGAGCAAGAAAGUAAAUACAAGAAGAAGAUCCUGUGUUCUGGACUAGUGCAGAUAUCUGCGCAAUUUAGCUUGGUGAAAUUGCACAUAUGGCAUUCGUUCAUAGCUGUAGUAAUUAUCUGGUUAAUAUACCCGGUUAAACUGCACCUGAACAGCUGUUUAUCUCAAACUUGUGGAGUACAGUGUACGGAUGGGUCAGAACGAGGUCAGAUCACAUUCUCACCACAAACAAACCGCUCUUCAGUUAAUUUUGAACUGGCCCGACAUCCCUUCUUCUUACAAGUCUCAGUGUAGUUGUCUUGGUCUGCAGCCAAGUGCAGUUAAUAUAUUAACAAAAUGAACCAGAAUCCGUUUUUAACUGGUCUAAAAAGGUCAAACACUUAAAGAUUACUUUGAAGAGGUUCUUUAUAUAUCUAAACUUUGUUUUGAGUAUUCAAAACAAAACUUUAAUGGCUGCCCAUAUUAUGUGCCCAUAUUUUGGUGAGAAAUGUAAAUAGCCUAUAGUUUAACAUAACAUCAUGUUUUAACAGGCUUAUUUAUGCUAGGCCAAGCUGGUCCAAAACUGGACAACCGUGGACAUCUUACGUAAGUUAGUGCCGACCAGGUUUAGACAUGUCCACUUCUAUUG